CGCGCCCAAAGAAGAAACGGUCGGACUCUAUUUUUGCUAAACGUGCAAAUUAAUUGCAGCCCAGUUAACAAAGCGAUAAAUUCCUUUUUUGAAAUGUGUUCAUAAUUUUCGUCUCCGAAAAAACCCGUUUUGAGUUUUAACCCAAGCUUGAUCGCACGUGGAGCUUGGGGGCUUAAGUACCUAACCUCAAUGCGCCGAGGUAUAGUCCUAAACAAAAAGCUCAACUUGCUGCAUUCACACCAAGUCAAGCUUGGGGGCUGUGUAUUGUACCCAAAGAUCUCGGCCCAAUCCGAGCUAUACCUCGACGCAACGGUUACAUUCUAACAGCUCACGCACCAAAAUCUCGGAACCAGUUCGCACGCCAAUAUAUUGGACUAGCCCACUUAUCAGAGAUCUCGGACCUCACUGACCGUUUGAUGAUGCUCCUUUUAACAAAGUAAUUCUUCAACAAUAUGAGGACAAAACAAUGUCCGAAGACCACAAUGAAGAGAAUGAAUCUGGUGUUUCAGAUAUGUUCAGACUCCAUCAAGUACUUGGUGGUGUUGAUGUUGUAGCUGUAAGAACUUGUAUGGAGAUUGAAGCUAAAUCCAUAAAAUCUCUUCAAAAUCAAUGCAGGAAACCGGUUAUUCCAGCUGGGUUAUUGCCACCUUCAUUACACUUAUUCAAUAAUGAAGACAGUAAAUAUGAUGAAAAUUGGAACACAAUCCUUAAGUGGUUGGAUGAACAAGAAGAAAGGUCAGUGAUUUAUGUAGCAUUUGGAAGUGAAGUGGCACUAAAUGAUGAAGAAUUCACAGAGAUAACUAUGGGAUUAGAGCUAUCUGGCUUUCCCUUUUUCUGGGUACUGAAGAAGCAAAAUAGUAGUCCAGAUGUAAGUAGUUCAAUGGAGACAAAACGCGGGAUUAUAUGGACUAAUUGGGUUCCACAAUUAAAGAUAUUAGUACACAAAUCUGUUGGAGGAUUCUUGAGUCAUUCUGGUUGGAGUUCUGUGAUUGAGUCUCUUCAAUUUGGAUGUCCACUUAUUAUGUUACCCUUUCAAAAUGAACAAGGAUUAGUUGCUAGGCUUAUGGAAGAGAAAAUGGUGGAAAUAAAAGUUCCAAGAAACGAACAUGAUGGGAAGUUCACUAGAGAUUCAUUGGCUAAGGCAUUGAGAUCAGUGAUGUUGGAAGAUGAUAAAGGUAAGAUUUAUAGAAAUCAUGCUGAGAAAAUGAGCAAGAUCUUUGGGGACAGACAGUUACACCAAAAGUACAUAGACGAGUUUGUUGAUUAUAUGGUAAUUCAUAGUCCCUCAUCAAAGAUUAUUGCAAAAUUGUAUUGAU